GACUCGUUUUUCGGUCCCUAUAACGAAUAAAAGGAGUUGCCCCUUCACAUGUCUCUGAUGUUGUAAACUCGUACUUAAUAAAACAUUCGCCUCGUGUCCAGUUAGUUGUUGGGAUGCCAGUAGUUUGUGGCGAGUUGAACGUUUAGACACAUCAGGGCAGUUGGUUCAGUCUCCAGGCAGGAGGAGCUAAUCACCGAGAGACUGCGCGUCGAUGGCCAACCGGUCGGACUUAAAGACCUUCUGCGCCAGGCAGUAGUGGUCAUCAACCCGAGUCCACGCCUGACCGUGAGGAUGAAGACGAUACUUCCAUGACCUCCUUUGGCGUUGCCGUCCGAGGCCUCCCCCUGGCCUUGGCGUCCAUGACGCAAGCUACCGCCUCCGACUCCCGCUUCCACCCCAAAUGGCGGGCGAUCGCUGUGGCGGCCCUGCUGGCGCUGGUUCUCACGUUGUACCUGCACCGCACGGUCGGGGACAGAGGCGCCGCCGCCGCCGGGGGUUACCGCCGCGACCGGAGUCACAGCCUGCGAGCGCACGGCGAGGGCGAGGCGGACCUCUUCAAAGACGCCCACCGGCAAAUUGCAAAAAGCCUCUCGCGCCACCAGAGAAGGGACACGCCGUACAACGACACGUACCCGCUGAGUCCGCCGGAGAAGACGGAGCGCGGCGUCCGCUACCGCAUCGGCGUGAUCGCGGAUCUGGACACGGCGUCGCGCAGCUCAAAGGAGCAGACGUGGUUCAGCCUCAUGAAAAGAGGCUACCUGACGGUGUCGGACGGCGCGGACCGACUGGAGAUGGAGUGGGAUGCCGAGACGGUCACACUGGAGAGUCAUCUGGCUGAGAGAGGACGAGGGAUGGAGCUGUCGGAGCUGGUGGUGUUCAACGGACACCUGUACAGCGUAGACGACCGUACCGGCGUCGUGUACCGGAUCGACGGCGCCCAGGCGGUCCCCUGGGUCAUCCUGCCCGACGGCGACGGCUCCGUCUCCAAAGGCUUCAAGGCCGAGUGGCUGGCAGUGAAGGACGAGCACCUGUACGUCGGCGGCCUGGGCAAAGAGUGGACCACGACAUCCGGAGAGGUCGUCAACGACCACCCCGAGUGGGUGAAAGUCGUGGGUCGCCACGGCGACGUGCAGCACGAGAACUGGGUGCCGCACUACAAUGCCCUGCGGAGCGCAACAGGGAUCCAACCACCAGGCUACCUCAUCCACGAGUCGGCGGCGUGGAGCGAGCGCCUCCAGCGCUGGUUCUUCCUCCCUCGCCGCGCCAGUCACGAGCGCUACGAAGAGGCGGCCGACGAGCGCCGCGCCACCAACCUCCUCCUGUCCUGCCCCGCCGACUUCGGCUCCAUCGCCGUGCGGCGCGCCGGCCCGCUCGACCCGACGCACGGCUUCUCCUCCUUCAAGUUCGUCCCGGACACGGACGAUCAGGUCAUCUUGGCCCUGAAAUCGGAGGAGGUCGCCGGGCGGAUCGCCGCCUACAUCACGGCGUUCACGCUCGACGGCCGGGUGCUGAUGCCCGAGGCGAAGAUCGGGGACGUGAAGUUCGAAGGACUGGAGUUUAUUUGAGGACGGCGCCGACGAGACGCUUGAGAAGCGGACUUCACGCGUGCAUAUUCAUUUCCUCUCAGUUCUACUGUGCAAGAAUGUGGUAUGACCCCCAAAUGAUAUAUUUUACGAUUUAUAUAUUAUAAUAUAUGAUAACAGGGAGGAACAUUGGUCUGUAAAAAGCCAGGAGAAUGCGACAUCACCACAGGAGACAAUUAAGUGUUGCCAAUAAUUGACCAAUUAAUUCACCAACAGUGCGACUGGUUUGGGCCUCCCAUCUGUGACGAGCCGCACACACACAGUCACCACCUUCUUUUAAUGCUUUUAUAAGUAGACACUGCUGAUAUUCCAAAGGAGUCUGGGUAAAUUAUCGCCGCGUAACCGCCAGGUCAUCAAACACAAGGUCAUGUGACCUCCUCUCCUGCAGCCGAACUCUGCUGGUCAGACACUCGGGAAUAAACCGGAUUAAAUGUUUUGAGGAAUAGAAAGAAUGUCCUUAAAUAACUUGAAUUAUCAAA